UUUCUUUCUCAUUUUCAACCCGUAGAACCACGAACGAUGUACACACAAGACUACGAAUCAUCCUUGGACGAGCCCAUGGUACUCAAUGAACAAGACCAGUAUUCAGUCUUAUGUAGCCGCAUAGACGAACUUGAUGAACGUCAGCAGCGUAUAGAAGUGAUCUGCGCUGAGAUAUUGGAGGUGUUGAAAUCAAAUAACAGCCAGCAGCAACCAGUUGAAGAGGCAGCAACUACAGCCAAUAGCACGGUCGAUUGGAUAAAGGAGCCUAAGACACAUAAUAUCAAGAAGGAGCAUGUCAUGCACCUGGUUAUACAGCAAUCAGGUGGAUUGGAGGGAGCAGCUGCCGAGUUAACCAUCGCCAAUGGAUAUGCUGACAAAAAGCGUCGUCAAGGAGCCAUAUCAAGAUUGAAAGAUGAACUUCCGUGCUCCAGAGAAGAGCAGAGAAGAGGCAAAAAAAUUCCGUUGAAAUUGAUCAAGCAAUCCUUGGUUGAUAAAUACAUCAACGAGGUAGAGCAGCUUGCUGUAAAACAUGCUAGAGUACCAUUGGACCGUUGCGUCAACCAUUGGGGUGCUCGUCAUUUUGUAUGGUCAAGCGUGGCGAAACUUUACCAAAAGUGGCGACGAUGACGGCAACUCGCGUAAAGAAACGCAAAGCCAACAACAAAAGACGCCGCCAAAAGAUAAGCAACAAGAAAGAGGCGGUAAGGGAAAAAAAACGAACAACACCGAUUUCGCGUGGCCGCAAGUCGAAAACGGCACGGCAUUCAUAACUCUAAGUGUUUUGAUAAGCUGAAGAAUGACCAACCAUAGCA